UCUUAUCAGGAUGUUUAAGUUUGGCGAGACGUUAAUCCUUUUGAUGGCACUAGUGAUCGCCGCAAAUGCAGAGAGCGAUCCUCACGACUUCACCAUGCGAAGUAUGAGUCGCGCAAAUAUGUUGGGCAGUGGUACGAUACUGGAUAAUUCGGCCGUGCCCGUUGACGAACUCGAUCCAAACUAUUGGCGUAAAUCGGCGAGUGAGGAAAUUAAAAGCCGUCUAGCCACCGGACCCAACACCAACAAAGCGAAGAAUGUCAUAUUUUUCCUAGGCGACGGCAUGUCGCUGAGCACAAUCACUGCUGCGCGCAUACUCAAAGGACAACGAGAAGGCAAUCCAGGCGAAGAGUCACAGCUCAGCUUCGAAAAGUUCCCAUACACUGGCUUGAGCAGGACGUACUGCACCAAUGCUCAAGUACCCGACUCCGCUUGCACUUCCACAGCUUACCUGACUGGCGUUAAAACUAACAUUCUUUCAUUGGGCGUUGGCCCAAAGGUGAACUACAAUGAUUGCGCAGCAUCCAUGGAUCCGGCUAAUGAUCUCACAUCGCUUUACGACUGGGCUCAAGCAGCUGGCAAAUCCUCUGGUUUUAUCACCACUACCAGACUCACGCACGCCAGUCCUUCCGGUGGUUACGCGCAUGUCGCGAACCGAAUGUGGGAGUCCGAUACGAAUGUGCGCUCGUAUCUCGCCGAAAACUACACCACAGAUUGUACUGAUAUUGCCACACAACUCAUAACUGAAGCACCAGGCCGCAAUCUUGAUUUAAUAAUGGGUGGUGGAAUGGGCAAAUUUUUGCCAAAAACAAUGAUCGACUCAUUUGGUGCGGCUGGUGAACGUACGGAUGGCGUAAAUUUGCUCUCGCAAUGGCAACGCAGACAUCCGGGUGGUGUAUUUGUUAGUAAUCGAAAACAAAUGCAGGCACUCAAUAUUGAGCAAACCAAGAGUAUUUUGGGUAUCUUCCAGUCAUCAUUGAUGAAUUACCAUCAUCAUGCGACCGAAGGAGAACCUACUCUAUCCGAAAUGACGGAAACCGCUAUUAAGUUCUUGAGCAAAAACGAAAAUGGCUACUUCGUGUUCAUUGAAGGUGGCCUCAUCGAUUAUGGCAAUCACCAGAACAAACCUGGAAUCAGUCUUGACGAGACUUUAGAGUUUUCGAAGGCUGUGGAAAUGGCAUGCAACAUGACUAGUAUCGAAGACACACUUAUCGUCGUCACGGCCGACCAUGCACAUCCACUCAACAUCGUCGGUUAUCCGGUACGUGGCAACAAUAUUUUGGAUAUUAAUAAAAUCGGCUACGAUCGAAAUGGUGUGCAUUAUUCAACACUCAAUUACGCAGCUGGCCCUAACCAAUAUUUGGAUGAGUACGGCGAUCGCAUUGAAUUGGAAGGCCAGUUUGGCGACGUGGAUUUCAUUUUCCCCAGCUACAUUUCGGUAAGUGAUGGUGUUCACAGUGGUGAUGAUGUCAGCGUAUACGCUUCCGGCCCCUGGCAGCACCUUUUCCGUGGCGUACUCCAGCAGAAUAGCCUGCCUCAUAUGAUGGCGUAUGCCGCAUGUAUUGGCGAUGGCGCCAAAGCAUGCGACUAAAUCUAGCUACGCGUUGUUGUUGUUUAUCAUUAAAGCAGUCCUACCAAAUUAGAACAAAAUGAUAAUUGUCCAUUUAUAUUAGAGCAACCAGCACAACCACACAUUUGCUGCCAUCUCCCAUCUACCAACAAUUCGAAAGUAGCAGCACUUCUACCCGCGAUAUCUUUUGUUUGCCUACUUUGGCUGCGCACUACCUUAUAUUUAUCUAAUGGAUUUGUUACUUAGCCAAAGUAUACAGAAAUAUUAAAUUUGUUAAGCACUUGCAGCCUGGCAGUUAGCGUUUGUUAAGUCGCUAAUACUUUCGUUUGCUUGUUUAAAUCUUAGUUUAAUA